AUGCUAUAUAUUCGUAUAUCCGAAAAUGACUUUGUGAAGAGUUUAUUCGAUCGUUUAUUUUCUCGUCAUGAUCUUGAUUUAACAUUUUCAGUACAAAUUCUAAUUGAGCUUUAUGUUCGUUGUUCAUUUAUAUAUCUUUCUGAUUUAUUUACAUCAUCACAACAAUUAUCAAAUUCAUAUGAUUUAUCUGAUGAUUAUUUUCGUACAUGGUUUGAUAAAGAUGAUUUAAUGAUAUGA